AUGGCCGAGACACCCGAGCUCCAUGAGAUGGGAAAAAUCGAGGAUGGGGUCAUGCAAGAGACCCCACAAGCCCCGCCAAUGAUAUCCCCUCCACCCAACGGGGGCCUCGUCGCGUGGUUGCACGUUCUCGGUGGCUUCAUGCUGUUUUUCAACACCUGGGGCAUCUUGAAUGCGUUUGGCGUCUAUCAAACUUACUACGAAUCGAAUGCACUUUUCAAGCGAACAUCUUCGGAUAUUUCAUGGAUCGGUGCUAUUCAGGCAACAUUGCUUCUGGUCGUCGGAUUCUUCACCGGACCCAUCUACGAUCGCGGCUACUUGCGUUUACUUUUGAUAACCGGCAGCUUUGGCAUCGUCUUUGGCCACAUGAUGCUCAGUCUUUGCAAGACAUAUGGCGAGAUCAUACUCGCGCAAGGCUUCUGCGUUGGCCUCGGUGCUGGCUGCCUCUUCGUCCCAUGCGUCGCCGUACUCCCCACUUAUUUCAGCUCUCGACUGGGCAUGGCUCUAGGUGUCGCGGUCUCUGGAUCCUCUCUCGGUGGUGUCAUUUACCCCGUUGUCCUCAAUCAACUCAUCGAACCAAUCGGAUUCCCUUGGGCUACAAGAGUGAUUGGUUUUAUUGCGAUGGCUACACUUCUGAUUCCUAUCAUUGUCAUGCGGCAGCGCGUUAAGCCACCACGUGCCCGUAGUCUUGUGGACUGGUCUGCUUUCACGGAUGUGCAAUACAUGUCCUUCGUUUUCACAAGUAUCAUUGCCUUCAUGGGUCUCUUCUCGCUCUUUUUCUACAUCUCAUACUUCGGCGGAGCAACCCACCUUGUCGACUUGAAGAUGAGCCUUUACAUCGUCCCUAUACUUAAUGCGGGAUCGAUCCUUGGGCGAACUCUUCCCAACGCAUUGGCAGACAAGACCGGGCCAUUCAAUAUUCUUGCUCCUUCCUGUCUCAUCCUCGGUAUUCUCGUUCUGAGUCUUAUGAUCGUGAAAACAGAAGGCGCCCUCAUCGCUGUUACAGUCCUGUCGGGCAUUUUUAGCGGAACCCUGAUUGGGAUGCCUCCUCUUUGCUUCGUGGCAAUGACCAAGGACAGAUCGAAGAUUGGGACUCGCAUGGGUAUGGGAUUUGGCAUGAUCGGUCUCGGGGUCCUUGCUGGUGGGCCUUCUAGUGGUGCAAUCCUAGCCAGAUCUGCAAGCGGAAACUGGAACGGAGUAUGGACUUUUGGUGGAGUCUGUAUUGUCGUUGCUUCUUUUCUCUACUUGGGGAUCCGGGUGAAGAGCUACGGAUUGAAGCUGCGUGUGAAGGCCUGA